AUGGAGAUCAGCGUGCUCCUCCUGCUUGCUCUCCUCUUGGGACUCUUGGUUCUCUUGGCCAGAGGCCGCCCAAAGGCCAAAGGCCACCUCCCGCCAGGACCCCGUCCUCUGCCCUUCUUGGGGAACCUUCUGCAGAUGGACAGAAGAGGCCUACUCAAAUCCAUCCUGAGGCUCCAAGAGAAAUAUGGGGACGUCUUUAUGGUGUACCUGGGUCCAAGGCCUGUGGUCAUGCUGUGUGGGACAGAGGCCAUCCGGGAGGCCCUGGUGGACCAAGCUGAGGCCUUCUCUGGCCGAGGAAAAAUCGCUGUUGUUGAGGAAGUCAUCCAGGGAUAUGGUGUGGUUUUUGCCAACGGGGAACGUUGGAGGACCCUUCGCCGAUUCUCUCUGGCCACCUUGAGGGACUUCGGGAUGGGAAAGCGGAGUGUGGAGGAGCGGAUUCAGGAGGAGGCUCAGUGUCUGUUGGAGGAGCUGCGGAAUACCAAGGGAGCCUUCCAGGAUCCCACCUUCUUCUUCCAAGCCAUCACCGCCAACGUCAUCUCCUCCAUUGUCUUUGGAAAACGCUUCUCCUACAGAGAUCCUGAGUUCCUGCGGCUCCUGGACUUGUUUUACCAGUCCUUUGCACUCAUCAGCUCCUUCUCCAGCCAGGUGUUUGAGCUCUUCCCCAACUUCCUGAAGCACUUUCCUGGCACACACAGGCAAGUCUACAAAAUCCUGCAGGAAAUCAACGCCUUCAUUGCCCGCAGUGUGGAGGAGCACCGUAAAACCCUGGACCCCAGCAACCCCCGGGACAUCAUUGAUACGUACCUGCUGCGCAUGGACAAAGAGAAGUCUGACCCAAACAGUGAGUUCCACGAGCAGAACCUCAUCCUCAAUACUCUCGCGCUCUUCUUCGGGGGCACUGAGACCACCAGCACCACUCUCCGCUAUGGAUUCCUGCUUAUGCUCAAAUACCCCCACAUCACAGAGAGAAUCCACAAGGAGAUUGAUCAGGUGAUUGGCUCACAACGCCCUCCAGCCCUCGAUGACCGAGCCAAAAUGCCAUACACUGACGCAGUCAUCCAUGAGAUUCAGAGAUUCUCGGACCUCCUCCCCAUGAGCCUGCCCCACGUGGUCACCAAAGACACUUACUUCCGAGGGUACAUCAUCCCGAAGGGCACUGAAGUUUAUCCCAUUCUGAGCUCUGCUCUCCAUGACCCACGUUACUUUGAAAAACCAGACGCCUUCAACCCUGACCACUUUCUGGAUGCCAAUGGGGCACUGAAGAAGAAUGAAGCUUUUAUUCCCUUCUCCACAGGGAAGCGCGUUUGUCUCGGCGAAGGCAUUGCUCGUAUGGAAUUAUUCCUCUUCUUCACCACCAUCCUCCAGAACUUCUCUGUUGUCAGCCCCGUGGCUCCUGAGAACAUCGACUUCACUCCCCUGGAGAAUGGUGUGGGCAAACUGCCCCCAAAGUACCAGAUCAGCUUCCUGCCCCGCCGAGGGCACUGAGGGAAGGGAGUUGAAGGAUUCCAGGGUCAUAAAGUAUCCCCACCUCUGCAGAGAAUGUCCCCUGACUGUCUCCAUGUCUUCCUACC